UAUUCAUAAUUUAAUAUGAUACAGUGAGCUUCUCAUAUAAAGAAGAGAGCAGAGCGCGCAGUCCCCCGCCCUCCCUCUGUACACCAUACACAAAACAGCUAUAGCUACCUAGCUGACCUGAGCUUUUCCAAAACAAUUUUUCGCGUUAAUCUUCUCAUUUGAUUUGUACGUCCCAAUCGGCAGAUCAAGAAAUGAGUCUCCCACGCGACCGCCAGGCCCUCCUUGGUCUCUCCCUUUGCUUCCUCCUCCUGCCGGUAUUGGCCUUCGGGGACUGCACCUGUGAGGGAGACAGCCCCGACCAGGAAAACAGCCACGGCGCCCUCAGUUAUAAGCUCGGUGCGAUCGCUUGCAUCCUCAUUGGUGGCACUCUUGGCGUAUGUCUUCCCAUACUGGGAAAGGCUGUGCCUGCUCUCAGCCCGGGAAGCGACCUGUUCUUUAUGGUGAAGGCUUUUGCUGCCGGGGUCAUCCUAGCCACGGGAUACAUUCAUGUCUUCCCGGACGCAUAUGAGAGUUUAACGUCCCCCUGCCUAACUUCCGAAGUGUGGGGGAGCUUUCCCUUUGCCGGUUUCAUCGCGAUGAUGGCAGCAAUCGCAACGCUUCAAGUCGAUAUGAUCGCAACCUCGCACUACACCAGGAGACAAUUGAAGGAGGCCGCCAGCUUGGGAGGAGCCAAAAACAAGGACACCGAGGCAGGUGGUGCCAAUGCCGCAGACAACGACGUUAAGCUCUCGAUCCACCACGUCCACGGCCCAGCUGCUGCUCCACCGGACUCCUCUGCGUCCUCUUUGGAAAUUCUCCGGCACAAAGUCGUCUCUCAGGUGUUAGAGGUGGGGAUCGUGGUGCACUCAGUCAUUAUCGGUAUUUCUCUCGGGGCCUCGCAGAGUACCAGUACAAUUAGGCCCCUCAUAGCUGCCCUAACGUUUCAUCAGUUCUUCGAGGGAAUGGGCCUGGGCGGUUGCAUCACUCAGGCAAACUUUAAGUCCCGUGCAGUAAUCGUGAUGGCCUUGUUCUUCUCCCUAACAACACCAGUGGGGAUCGGCAUUGGAAUUGGCGUAUCCAACACCUACAAUGAGAACAGCCCCACUGCGUUGAUCAUCCAGGGGAUCCUCAAUUCUGCUUCAGCGGGGAUUCUCGUGUACAUGGCGCUGGUCGACCUGUUGGCUGCUGACUUCAUGAGCCCCAGGAUGCUGAAUAGCGGGAAGUUGCAAGUGUUGGCCAACGCGUCUCUCCUCAUAGGGGCGGGUUUCAUGUCCCUCUUGGCCAAAUGGGCUUGAAUUAUUUAGGGAGAUCAGAUGAGACCAGGCGGAACUCCCACAGAAGCAAUCAGAAAAGUACAUGUUUCGUACUCCUCUCUCUUUUUCUCAUUUUUUAGCUUCACCAAAAACAGGGAACUUCUCUUUCACUCUCGUCGAUCUCGUGAUAUCGUGAUAUUAAAACUGUCAAUGGUGGAGUGGAGUGGCGUGGCGUAGUGUUGAUAUACCUUACUUAUGUCAAUCUUAUAUAAAAUCGAGUAAGAAGAAGAAAGAAGAUAUAUGUAGCCUCUAUAGUCGUUGGGUGAUUUAUUUAUUUUUCCCGCCGGUUAGACAUUUGAGUGAUAAUUUAAUGACUUUCAUCAUCAAACAAGUUCCUCCCCUGCUCAUGGAAUAUAUUUUUCUUGAAGCA